AUGGAAUUUGCUUUAAAAUCUACAAAAAGAACGAAUGUAGUUUCCACAUUGUAUGAAAUUGAAUGUAAUUUAAAUGAAUCGAAAUCAAUUAUCUUUGCUAAUAUAACAAAAUAUAGUGAAUUUGCUAGUGAACAAGAAGUAUUAUUCGAUCUUGGUAGUACAUUUAAGAUUCAAUCCGUUAUUGAAGAUGAAGAAUUGAAAUUAUUUGUUGUUAAACUGAAAGCAACUGACGAUGGAGAAAAAUUAGCGAAAGCAUAUAUUGAAUCAAACAGAAAAGUCAAUGAAGAAACGAGUUUAGAUAUUCUAUUUGGUAAAUUACUUAUAAAAAUGGGAAAAUAUGAUCAAUCAUUAACUUAUUUCGAGAAUUUAUUAAAUGAAUCCAAUGGAAAAGUUGAUGUAGCACGAAUUUAUAAUGAAAUCGGAUAUGCAUAUUUAUGUAAGGGUGAACUUAAAGAAGCCCAUGAAUUUGCUUGUCGUUCAUAUGUAAUGACGAUUCAAACAAAACCUUCUCGUGUCAAACAUUCAGCAAGACCAUUAACAAAUAUGGCUCAUAUUUAUCUUCGAAGAGAAAUGUAUAACGAAUCAUUAGAAUACAAUUUUCAAGCGUUAGAAAUUCAAGAAACUUUUUAUGGUAAGGAACAUUUAAAUACUGCUGCAACAUUGAAUAAUAUUGGUAAUGUCUAUUAUAAAAUGCAAGAUUAUUCAACAUCAUUAAUGUACUAUGAAAAAUCACUUAAUAUUCGUCAAAAACAAUUACCAAUGUUUGAUAUUGAUAUAGCGGCAAGUUUCAAUAAUCUUGGACUUGUCCAUUUGAAAAUGAAUAGACUAUAUCCAGCAUUUGACUACCAUCAAAAGUCAUUAGAAAUCAGAAAAAGAAUGCUUCCACCAGAACAUAAUGACAUUAUUCAAAGUUUAUUGAAUAUUGCACAUGUGCUUUAUGAACAAAAUUCAAUAGGCGAAGCGUUGAACUAUUUCUCCAAAGCAUUACAAAUUCAGAAAAUUCAAUUAGAUUUGAUAGAUCAUGAUAAACUUGUAGAUCGUCUGAAAGAAAGUUUUGGACCACAACUACAUCACAAUGCUCCUCGAGAUAUUCCCCAUUCUACAAUCGUUCUUCGUAGCCCGCCUCCCCUUGCUACACAAUUCUCUCGUUGGCCUGAAUACGCGGUCAUAAUACAUGAGCUUCCCCCUCCAAGUAGACCAGGGAUUCAAAAAUUCGAUGAUUCUCUUUUUUAUGAGUUCAUCACAGCGCUUCAUGGUAAUACCGAUGAUCAAAAAGCUCUGCAUCUAUGGAAAGAGUUGUUAAAUAAAUGCAAUGCAACAUAUAACAAUGAUCCUAGACAUAUUCAAGACUUAGAAUACGGUCUGACAAAGGAUCUAGGAGAUUCUUAUCAGAGUUUCGAUGAAAGUCAAGAGGCGCUUCAUUUUUACGAAAAAGUUCUAUUCAUAUUGGAAAGCUCGACUCCUUCAUUAAUCAGCAUGGACAAUGCACGAAUUCUAUGCUUGGAUCGUAUCGCUAAUAUUCAUCAACGAAAUGAUAAUUUUGAAUUAGCACUCGACUAUUUGAUUCGAGGCUUAAAUGUGAUGCAACGCAAGAGAAGAAUGCCGAACGAAAUCUCCGAUAAAAUGCGUCAUAUUGGUCUUGUGCACAUGACCCUUGGAAAUUAUAAUUUAGCGUUGAACUCGUUCAAUGAUGCACUCACUAUACUGCAAUCAAAUUCGAUAGAUCCGAAUGAUCGGGAGAUAAAAUUAACUUUAAGACGAAUCGAUGAAGUUAAAGAAGCACUUGAAUCAGGUACACAUGCGUAA